AUGUCACUCACACAAGACACAAGGUUAGAAUUUUACAGAUCACUGCAGUGUGACAGCACAAUGCCAAAUCUCGCUUCUUUAGAUGACGAUGGAUAUCUAGUCGUCCAAAGCGACUUAAAUCCAACCAGACGCUCGAAACUGCCAUGCUAUUAUCAAAGUAUUACCGGAUCACUAUAUCCUAAAAUUUCAAGUUAUGAAUCUUCUGAACGAAUCGCACUGGAGCCACAUCAGUUUGUGAAAGUAAAAGAUGAUCAAUUUAUUGUCGAAUGUUUUAAUAAGACUACAGUUGCUAGAAUCAACAGCAAGGAAUAUACUAAUAAUUCCUUACUAUACUCCAAAGCAUUUGCGACAUUCUCUGACAAAUUCCCAAAGGUCAAAAUAAUAAGUGCCAACUCAGUUACCGAUAAGCUUCGAGAUUUCGACUAUGCCACUCCAGAAUCACCGUCACUUAGCAUUCUUGUAUUCGACUCUUUAGCUCGAAAUCAAUUCCUACGGCAUAUGCGUCGAUCACUUGAGUACAUGAAAAAAUUAGGAUUUAUUUUUUUUGAAGGUUACACAAAAGUGGGAGAUAACUCGAACGUCAACCUACUUCCGAUAUUGGCAGGAAAAUCAACGUUGCCAAAAGUGGGCGGGAAUGGAGAAGAAUUGAUGCCAGAAAAUAAGACCAUUGACUUUCAGAAUCUUGAAACCUUAUGGACGAUAAUGAAAGUUCUGGACUCUACAAAAUAUAUCCUAGAAAGACGGUGCAUAACAAUGUUCAAUGAUGAAAUCGGGCACAAAGCGCGUGGAUUAUUUCAUUACGGAAAACCACAGUACCACGGUUUCAAAGUUCCACCGACAAACUACUAUUUCCGACCAUUCCACAUUCACCUUACUCAGCAGCUAAGAGCUUCCAUAUGCACUCCUACCGGACAGUUCUCAACAGAGCUGUUUUUAAACUUGUGGGAAAACUUCGCGAAGAAAUUCAAGGAUUACUGCAACUUCUCCUUCAAUUUUAUAACCCUCUUAUCGCACGAUCAUGCUAGCUACAUUGAACUUGCCGAUGAAAAACUGAGAAUUUCCCUUGAACGGUUGUACGCAUCAGGCGCUUUUAAUAAUACGGCUUUUGUGAUUAUGGGAGAUCACGGCAACCGAAUUUCAAACAUACAACGCAGCUACGUAGGAAGAAUUGAAGAACGAGCUCCACUACUCAGCAUCAAACUACCCGAAAGUUUCAGCGCAAAAUAUGCGGAAAAAGUUAAAAUACUUAAAAAGAAUACUAAACGGCUUAUCAGCAACUAUGACGUACAUCAGACUCUCAAAGAUAUCGCGAAGGGAAAAUUUAGAAGCGAAAGGCCAUUCUGGCAACAAAAAGGAAGAGGAAAAAGCAUGUUUGAAGAAGUUGUUGAGACGGAUAGAACUUGUGAAGAUGCCGGAAUCCCAUACAAUUUUUGUCUCUGCAUGGAAAAACAAGGCAACAGCAGACUGUCUAGGUAA